UCAUGGGGCCCUCGGGCAAUAGGGGAUCAUGGGGCCCCUAUGUCCUUGCCCAAACUCAAAAAAGCCUAUGAAAAAGGUACCAGAGGCAUCUCAUGGGGCCCCCUACUGACCCCGGGCCCUCGGGCAGUGCCCGAGUUUCCAAAUGGUCAGCCCGCCCCUGGUCGCAGUACAUUAUGGGAAGAGGUUAAUGAUUCAAUUAUACAGAAUCAGGAGCAUAAAUGUCAUGACUGUUGGUUAAAUAUGCCAAUAAUCUCUCCAUGGCCU